AUGAAUGAAUUACAAUUAUCUCGUGGUGAUACGGUUUUACUUAAAGGCAAAAAAUGUCGUGAAACAAUAUGCAUUGUUCUUGCUGAUGAUACAUGUCAAAAUGAUCGUAUACGAAUGAAUCGUGUUGUACGAAAUAAUUUACGCGUACAUUCAAGUGAUAUUGUUUCAAUUCAAGGUUUAAAAGAUGUUAAAUAUGGUAAACGUAUAGAUGUUUUACCUAUUGAUGAUACUGUACAAGGAAUAACAGACAAUCUAUUGAACGUUUAUUUAAACCCAUAUUUUGCUGAAGCUAAUAGACCAGUAGGUGAAGGUGAUGUUUUUAUUGUACAUGCAGCUAUGCAUGCUGUAGAAUUUAAAGUAAUUGAAACUAAACCAAGUCCGUAUUGUAUUGUUACAUCACAUACAUUUAUUCAUUGUGAUGGUGAUCCCAUCAAACGUGAAGAAGAAGAAAUAUCUUUAAAUGAAAUUGGUUAUGAUGAUAUUGGUGGUGUUAGAAAACAAUUAGUACAAAUUAAAGAAAUGGUUGAAUUACCAUUGAAACACCCACAAUUAUUUAAAACAAUUGGAGCUAAACCACCACGAAAUAUUCUUUUAUAUGGACCACCAGGCACAGGUCUGAUAAAAAUAAUAGAACGAUUUUUAGAAAAAAAAAGAAUUAUUUUAGGUAAAAGUUUAAUUGCACGUGCAGUGGCUAAUGAGAUUGGUGCAUUUUUCUUUUUAAUCAAUGGACUGGAAAUUGAGUCUAAAUCAGCUGGUGAAUCUGAAUCUAAUUUACGUAAAACAUUUGAAGAAGCUGAAAAGAAAUCUCCAGUUAUUAUUUUUAUUGAUAAGCUUGAUGCAAUUGCACCAAAACGUGAAAAAACUCAUGGUGAAGAAGUUGAACGUCCUAUAGUUUCACAAUUAUUAACAUUAAUAGAUGGUCUUAAACAACGUUCAAAUGUGAUUGUUAUGGCAGCAACAAGACAACAAAAUUUGAUUGAUCCAGCAAUUCGUCAUUUUGGUUGUUUCGAUCGAGAAAUCGAUAUUGGUAUUCCUAAUGCUGUUGAACGUUUAGAAAUUCUUCGUAUACAUACAAAAAAUAUGAAAUUAGAUGGUGAUGUUAAUCUUAAACAAAUUAGUAAUGAAACACAUGGUUAUGUUGGUGCAGAUUUAGCAUCAUUAUGUUCAGAAGCUGCUUUACAACAAAUUCGAGAGAAACAGCAUGUUAUUGAUUUAGAAGAACAUACGAUUAAUGCUAAAGCACUCAAUUCAUUAGUUAUUACACAAGAAAAUUUUCGAUUUGCAUUAAAUCAAUCAAAUGCAUCAGCUUUACGUGAAAUAAUUGUUGAAGUACCAACAACAACAUGGGAAGAUAUUGGUUGUUCAAACGGUGUUAAACUUGAUUUACAACAAAUGGUUAAAUAUCCUUUUCAACAUCCAGGAGAAUUUCUCAAAUUUGAUACGACGCCACCACGUGGUGUUCUCUUAUAUGGACCACCUGGUUGUGGUAAAACAUUAGUAGCCAAAGCUAUUGCUAAUGAAUGUCAAGCUAAUUUUAUUUCGAUAAAAGUUUCUGAAUUAUUAAGUAUAUGGAUUGGUGAACCAGAAGCUAAUGUUCGUGAUGUAUUUGAUAAGGCUCGUCAAGCAGCACCAUGUAUACUCUUUCUUGAUGAAUUAGAUUUAAUCGCUCGUGAUGGGAGCGCUGGAUAUGGUGGUGAUGCAGCUCAUCGUGUUAUUAAUCAAAUUUUAAUUGAAAUGGAUGGUAUGAAUGCAAAGAAAAAUGUUUUUAUCAUUGGUGCCACUAUUGGAUGGGAUAUCCUUCAUCCAACAUUUUUUAAAACAGGUAAAGAUAUAUAUCUUCACCUGUCCGACAGUGGUUUUUUCAUAAACUUUUUUAUUUAUUCAGGUCGUUUCGAUCAUUUAAUUAUUAUUCCAUUACCCGAUGAACAAUCGCGCUUAACAAUUUUUAAAGCUUGUUUAAAAAAUUCACCUAUAGCUGAAGAUGUCGAUUUUCAUUAUUUGGUUAAUAAAACGAACAAAUUUACUGGUUCUGAUAUCAAGAAUAUCUGCUUAAGAAUAGGUCAAUUAGCUGCACGCGAAUUUAUCGAAAAAAAACAAGAACAUAUAAAUCAAACAACAACAGAUUCAACAACAUUUAAUCAAUCAUCAAAAAUUAGCCACUGCCACUUCGACAAAGUUAUUAGUAUUGCUAUCUCAUCGGUCACAGACGAUGAGAUAAAGAAGUUUGAAAUGGUUCGCGAGCGGCUUGGGGCAUUCUACGUUUUCAAGCCACAAUCAUUUUGA